AUGAGGUCGUCAGCUGACGUCAUAAGAGAAGACUCGCCUCUACUGCGCGUCGAUGAAGGCACGAACGUUGUCACCUUCAGUCAGGACGACCCGGACGAUCCAAGAAACUGGGUAACACUGCGAAAAUGGCUGAUGGUAGCUGCCAUCAUACCAAUUGAUCUCAGUGUCAGUUGGGGCGCUUCAGGCUUUUCGCCGAUGGCUGGCGACUUUGCGAAGGAUAUGGAUGUCCCUGCACAGGUUGCAACACUCGGACUGAGCAUGUACAUUCUUGGACUGGCGUUUGGACCGAUGACUUUAGCUCCGCUUUCGGAGUACUAUGGACGACGACCUGUGUACAUCCUCUCAUACGGCACUUUCCUCCUGCUCCUCCUGGCAACUGCGUAUGUCGAGAGCCUUGGGCCGUUCUUAGUCCUCCGACUGUUUUCUGGGUACUUUUCAUCGACCACAAUCUCAAACUUUGGAGGGACUAUUGCGGAUUUAUGGCACCACAACGACACCGGACCCGCCAUGUCAUGGUUUCUGUGGGCAGCCACUGGUGGUUCGCCAACUGGCUUUGUGCUGUUCUCAUUCAUCGCGCAUGGAAGGACGUGGCACGCCGUGUUUCGGAUCAUGUUCUUCAUUUGUCUAUCCUUCUGGAUCGUCAUGGUUGUAGCACUGUGCGCUCUUGGAGAGACGAGGCACAGCAUAAUACUUUUGAAGAAAGCACAAAAGUUGAGGAAGGCCACUGGGAACGACGAAAUCGAAGUUCCAGGUGAAUUGAAACAACGGGGACCCAAGCAGCUCUUCGGCACAGCACUUGCACGACCGUUCCGCUUCUUGGCGACAGAAGCUAUUGUCCAAUUUGGUGCGCUAUACAACGGUUUCCUCUACGGUCUCUCUUUUCUAUUCAACGGUGCCUUCCACAUAAUAUUUGGGCCAGGUGGCUAUGGGUAUGAUACUAUUGGCAUCGGCAUCUGCUUCCUAGGCAUUGUGUUUGGCAUUUGUUUUGGGCUGUUCACAAACAUAUUUCAAGAGAGGUACUACCAGCGGCAAGUUGUCAAGGCUGGGCAACGCGAUGUUCCAGAAGCACGCGUGUACCAUGCGAAACUUGCUGCUGUGGUGCUGCCCAUCUCAUUACUUGCAUUUGCUUUUACAGCAACCCCCGAUGUUCACCCUUUCUUCCCAGUCCUCGCAUCCGCAUUAUGGGGCUGGUCAUUCUAUUGUCUCAUCCUGAUGACUCUUACCUAUACGGAAGACGCAUACAAGACUUUCUCGGCGUCAGGUCUUGCUGGAGUGGGACUAAUACGUAACUUGGCUGGCGCAGGAUUUCCGUUGGUGGGAAGAAGCCUAUUUCUGGGUAUUGGCACACGAAAUGCUUGUCUUGUACUGACGGGACUGGCCGUGCUUCUAGCACCAAUUCCAUUCGUUCUGGAGAAAUACGGAGUGUCACUACGUAAGCGUAGCCCUUGGGCUACAGCACAUGAGGAUGAAAGCGACGAUGAAGAGGGUUGA